GUGGGGCGCCAAGUGUCGCGCGUACCGCGGCGGUGGGGAUGGCGGCCGGGGCGGAGAGGCCAGGCCCUGGCGCGGGACGCUCGUGGGAAGAAGGGGCGCCGCACGAUUGAAGAGGGAGCCUCCGUUUCAGAGCAGGCGGAGCCGGGCUGGGCGAGGAGCGCGGGUGCCGCCGCGGCAGAGCAGGGUUAGCCGUCAGGAGCGAUGGGCGACUGGAGCUUCCUGGGGAGGCUGCUGGAGAACGCGCAGGAGCAUUCCACGGUCAUCGGCAAGGUGUGGCUUACCGUGCUGUUCAUCUUCCGCAUCCUGGUGCUAGGGGCAGCGGCAGAGGAGGUGUGGGGCGACGAGCAGUCGGACUUCACCUGCAACACGCAGCAACCGGGCUGCGAGAACGUCUGCUACGACCGUGCCUUCCCCAUCUCACACAUCCGCUUCUGGGCGUUGCAGAUCAUCUUCGUGUCCACGCCCACCCUCAUCUACCUGGGCCACGUGUUGCACAUCGUGCGCAUGGAGGAGAAGAAGAGAGAGCGGGCGGAGGAGCUGCUGAGGAGAGACAACCCGCAGCACGGCCUUGGCCAUGAGCCUAUGCAUACAGCGAGCGCCCGGGACGCGCCGCCUAUGCGCGAUGAUCGCGGCAAGGUACGCAUCGCAGGCGCUCUGCUGCGGACCUACGUCUUCAACAUCAUCUUCAAGACCCUCUUCGAGGUGGGCUUCAUCGCGGGCCAGUACUUUCUGUAUGGCUUCCAGCUGCAGCCGCUUUACCGCUGUGACCGCUGGCCCUGCCCCAACACAGUGGACUGCUUCAUCUCCAGGCCCACGGAGAAAACCAUCUUCGUCAUUUUCAUGCUGGCUGUGGCCUGUGCGUCACUGGUGCUCAACAUGCUGGAGAUUUACCACCUGGGCUGGAAGAAGCUCAAGCAAGGAGUUACCAACCACUUCAGCCCAGAUGCCUCGGAAGCCAGGCACAAGCCUUUGGACCCCCUGGCCCCAGCCACAAGCUCUGGCCCGCCCAGCGUCUCCAUAGGCUUCCCACCUUAUUACACACACCCUGGCUGUCCCGCAGUACAGGCCAGGGCCGCAGGGUUUCCUGGGGCCCCACUACCACCAGCAGACUUCACACUGGUAAGCCUGAAUGAUGCACAAGACAGAGGCCACCCUGUUCAGCCCUGCAAUGGCCACCAUCUGAUGACCGAGCAGAACUGGGCCGGCCGAGGGGCAGGGCAGCAGACUCCAGCCAGCAAGGCGUCUUCGGCAGCGUCUAGCCCUGAGGGUCGCAAGGGGCGCACGGACAGCACCGGCAGCAGCUUGGAGGAGAGUGCCUUGGUGGUGACACCAGAGGAGGGGGAGCAGGCCUUGGCCACCACAGUGGACAUGCACUCCCCACCUUUGGUCCUCCCAGACCCAGGAAGGUCCAGCAAGUCCAGCAGUGGGCGUGCCAGACCCGGGGACUUGGCCAUCUAGCCAGAGUCUCCCCCAGGCAGCUUUAUAAACCUUCUCUUUCCCCCUUAGAAAUCAAAAACCAAAAGGCAUUUCAAGUCAGCAGGUAGAGAGAGAGAGAGAAAAGGCCUGACUGCGUUGGAGUCUCCAAACCAGA